GCGCGCACCUGCCUGCCCGGCCCGCAGCUUGCCGGGCGCCCAGCGUCCUUACCGUGCACGUCGCGGGUCCGGGGGGUCCUGGGCUGCGGGCUCGCGGGGCGCGGAGAUGGCGUCGGAGCCGCGCUGACUCUGUUUCUCCUUGGACCAAGAUGACUGAUGGAAACCUUUCCACCUCUACAAAUGGCGUAGCCUUGAUGGGGAUUCUGGACAGUCGGCCAGGAAAGCACAUUCAGAACCUGCAACACCUGAACCUCAAGGCACCCAGAUCCCUCUCGUUGCCAGAGUACGGGCCCAGGCUGAAACCUGGGCCCUUAGAAGACCGGCACAGCCUUCAGUCCGUGGACUCGGGCAUUCCUACCCUCGAGAUCGGCAACCCGGAACCCGUCCCCUGCAGUGUGGCCCACGUGAAGAGGAAGCCAUCCGAGUCGGGGACCGUCCCCGAGCGAGCCUGCCAGAGUGCGUGCCCGCUGCCGUCCUACACGCCGCCGGCUCCGGGCAGCGCCGAGUGGGAGCGGGGCGUGCGCAAGUCGUCCACGUUCCCCAGGACGGGCUAUGACUCGGCCGAGCUCUACAGCCCCGCCUCCAAGGCCCUGAACCGCAGCGACGAUGUCUCCGUGUGCAGCGUGUCCAGUCUGGGCACGGAGCUGUCGGCCACGCUGUCCGUCAGCAACGAGGACAUCUUGGACCUUGUGGUCACGAGCAGCUCCAGUGCCAUCGUGACCCUGGAGAAUGACGAUGACCCGCAGUUCAUUGACGUCACCUUGAGCUCCGCCAAGGAGGCCCGGGAGCCGUGCCGGCAGGACCGUGUCGAUGGAACGGAGGAUGGGAGUAAAUCGAAAAUACUGGGACCAUUUAGUAACUUCUUCACCAGGAAUUUGCUUGCUAGAAAACAGAAUGCAAGACUUGACAAACAGAAUGACUUGGGAUGGAAGUUAUUUGGAAAAGUACCACUCCGAGAGAAUGCUCAGAAAGAUUCAAAGAAAAUACAAAAGGAAUAUGAAGACAAGGCUGGACGACCUAGCAAGCCGCCCUCUCCAAAGCAGAAUGUGAGGAAGAAUCUUGAUUUCGAGCCACUUUCCACCACCGCACUCAUCCUGGAAGACAGACCAGCAAAUCUCCCCGCGAAGCCAGCCGAGGAAGCCCAGAAACACAGGCAGCAGUAUGAAGAAAUGGUGGUCCAAGCCAAAAAACGAGAGCUGAAGGAGGCGCAGCGGAGGCGGCGGCAGCUGGCGGAGCGGUGCCGCCUGGAGGAGAGCAUCGGGAGCGCCGUCCUCACCUGGAACAACGAGGUGUUGCCCAACUGGGAGACCAUGUGGUGCUCCAGGAAAGUCCGGGAUCUGUGGUGGCAGGGGAUCCCUCCCAGCGUGAGAGGCAAGGUCUGGAGCCUAGCCAUCGGCAACGAGUUAAACAUCACCCACGAGCUCUUCGACAUCUGCCUUGCCCGAGCCAAGGAGAGGUGGCGAUCCUUCAGCACGGGAGGCUCCGAGGCAGAGAACGAAGAUGCCGGUUUUUCAGCAGCGGACAGAGAAGCCAGUUUGGAGCUUAUUAAACUGGACAUAUCUAGAACGUUUCCUAACCUCUGCAUUUUCCAGCAAGGCGGGCCGUACCACGACGUGCUGCACAGCGUUCUGGGCGCUUACACUUGUUACCGGCCGGAUGUGGGUUAUGUCCAGGGCAUGUCCUUCAUAGCGGCCGUGCUGAUCUUGAACCUAGAUACUGCAGAUGCCUUCAUUGCUUUUUCUAAUCUUUUGAAUAAACCCUGUCAAAUGGCGUUUUUCCGAGUGGACCAUGGCCUUAUGUUGACCUAUUUUGCUGCAUUUGAGGUGUUCUUUGAAGAAAAUUUGCCGAAAUUAUUUGCUCAUUUCAAGAAAAACAAUUUAACUCCAGACAUCUACCUAAUUGAUUGGAUCUUCACCUUGUACAGUAAGUCCCUGCCCCUCGACCUGGCCUGUCGCAUUUGGGAUGUGUUCUGUCGUGACGGCGAAGAGUUUCUGUUCCGCACGGCCCUGGGCAUCCUGAGGCUGUUUGAGGACAUCCUGACCAAGAUGGACUUCAUUCACGUAGCCCAGUUCCUCACGAGGCUCCCCGAGGACCUGCCUGCCGAGGAGGUUUUCGCCUCCAUCGCCACAAUUCAGAUGCAGAGUCGCAACAAGAAGUGGGCUCAGGUACUGACCGCGCUGCAGAAGGACAGCCGCGACUCGGAGAAAGGAAGCCCGUCGCUCAGACACUGAGGGGACAGGCGGACCCGUGCCCGGCCCACGGCAGACCUCCAGGCGGCGCCUGCGUGGCCUCGGACACACACACUGGCCGCGGACA